AUGCAACCAGUUCAGUUACUCCUGCGCAAGGCCAGCGCACAAGUAGGCAUUUGGGCUGCUGCCGAAGCCGCUCGUGCGUAUCCCUCUUGCCCCUCUUUGAGAGGCCGUAUCGACCCAGCACUUCGCCAUUUCCGGGCGCUUUCAAAUGCGACGGGUCUCCUCAGCUCCAGGUCCUCCCCUGAGGGCCCCCAGCCACCCACCGCCUGCAGUACCUCUGGUUGGCCCGCACUGCUAGCGACGUUCCGCUACGUCCACUGCUCCACAGCGCCCCUAGCAGGAGGCUCCGAUGGCGCCGAUACUGCUGCUGCGGCGGCGGCAGUACGACGCCUGGCAGCAGCGCGGCGGCGGCGGGAGCGACUGACGGAGCCUGGGCCCCACCGUCUGUCCGGCGCCGACACCACUUCCGGAUACGACAAUAGCGGAGCUGUCGAAUCUCAGCAGCAGCCGUCAGGUGUCGUACCUGCCACAACGACGGCUGUAACGCCCGCGGAAGGCCCGGCAUCGGAGGCGCAGCUGGUGGCUGCGCUGGACCACCCCGCGCUCAUCGUUACGCGGCCCAUCGAAUGGGGGACAGUGAUCUUCGGCUACGAGCAGGCCAACAAGUACACAGUGUACGACGAGAAAGGCACCUUGGUGGCCCUGGUGGCCGAGGACUUCGGCGGUUUCGGCAAGGAGAUCGGUCGGCAGCUGCUGAGGACUCGCCGCUCUUUCACCGCCACCGUACUCAGCGCGGACGGGUCACAGGUGUUGUUCCGACUGCGGCGCCCCGCCUACCUGAUUUCCUCCACCAUGUUCGUGGAGGACGGUGCGGGCCGCCCCGUGGGUGAGAUCCAACAGCGCUGGCACCUCCUGAAGCGGAACUACGACCUCUACCUGGACAAGUCCCAGUUCGCCGCCAUUUCGGGCAACUUCCUGGCCUGGGAGUUCGAGCUCAAGGACGGGCAGGGGGGUGCCCUGGCCUUGGUGGACCGCAACUUCCAGGGCUUUGCGCGGGAGAUCUUCACGGACGCCGGCAAGUACGUCAUCCACUUUGGUUACCAGGGCCAGCAGCUGGAGCAACACCAACAGGCCCUUUUACAACACCAGCAGCAGCAACAACAACAGCAACUGCAGCAGCAACAGCAGGCGGCUGGCGCUGCCGGGGCGGCGCCUACGGCGCCCGCGGCGGCGGCUACUCCGCCGCCAUCGCCGCCGCCGCCUCCGUCGCCCGGCGCAACGGUGGUGGCGGGUACACCGCUGCCGGCUGCUGCAGAGGUGCCGGCUGCUGCGAGUCCGUCAGUGACGCCGAUGGCGAUGGCUCGUACGGAUGUGGCGGUUAUUCCGGUGGCGAGUGGAAAUCAGUUGGUCGUUGCCCGGCCGUUGGAGUUGUCGGAGCGCAUGGUGGCACUCGCCUGCGCCAUCACCAUCGACUACGACUACUUCUCACAACACUCGCACUCGGGAGGAGGUCUGGUGCCGCCGUUGGUGGUGAUGCCCGGGGGCGGGGUUGAAGGCGGGGUUGGCACGGGGGAAAGCCAGGGAGGCGCUUCGGAGGGCCCGGGGCCGGCAGGCGCUGCGGGUGCUGCGGCGGGGACGGCAGCGGGGGAUGUGCCGUUGGGCGGUGGCGCGGCAGCAGGGGGCUUUGGCGGGGCGGGGCCUGCGUCGCCACCGGGGGCGACGGGCGGUGGUGAGAUGGGAGGUGGGUUUGGAGGGUAUGGGGGAGAUGGGUUUGAUACGGGGAAGAGCUGGGGCCAGCCGGGUAGUGGCGAUGGAGAGAUGAAGUGGGAUUUGGGCGGGUCAGAUGAUGGCGGCGGAGGCGAGGAGGGAGGUGGUGUGACGGGGCUGCUGCGGACGCUGUGGGGGCUCUUUGGCGGCGACGAUUGA